UCGAGAGAGUUUGUGCUCGCUCCGAAGUCGUGGUGGUCACUGGCCGGCGUCAGAGGUAUCCCACAGCCAGCGCACCAUGCCCGCCGUCAUCGGGCGAGCCAACUGGGGCGCUUUACUGUGGACCCGUGGACAUGCCGCGAGACCUGGAGAAAAUCGCCUCCGCAAUGCUGCGAGUCACUCUUUCUCAUAUUCUGCCCUUGCCGCCUGGCAUCCAUCGCGCCUGCAAUUUCCUCCCGCAAGCAUGACCGCCUCGCAGCAGCACCGCAGCUUCGGCGCCUCGGCCGCCCAGCGCAGCUUGAACAUCAACAACAUCAAUCCCCACGUCAAAGAGGCCAAAUACGCCGUGCGUGGCGAACUGGCUAUCAAAAGCGAACAGUAUCGGGCACAACUUGCUAAGGGCGAGGGCCAACACCUACCUUUCGAUUCCGUCAUCAGCGCCAACAUCGGCAACCCCCAGCAGCUGGAUCAAAAGCCGAUCACCUUCUUCCGUCAGGUCGCCAGCUUGGUGGAGAACCCGGAGCUGCUCGAGCAUGGCGAUGUACUUCAGAAGAGCCUGGGUUACAAGAGCGAUGUCAUUGAGCGUGCCAAGACGCUGCUCAAGGACGUCAAGAGCGUGGGCGCAUACUCGCAGUCUCAAGGUGCACCAGGCAUUCGCAAGAGCGUGGCACAGUUCAUCGAGAGAAGAGAUGGCUAUCCUGCCGACCCGGAGAAUAUCUAUCUGUGCGCGGGCGCCAGCGCCGGUGUCAACGCACUCAUGAAUGUCAUCUGUGACGGCCCUUCGACAGGCGUGUUGGUUCCCAUCCCUCAGUAUCCCCUCUACACCGCGACUCUCAGUCUGCUCAAUUCACAAGCCGUACCAUAUUACCUGGACGAAGAAUCACGAUGGAGUACAGAUGUGGAGGCUAUGCGCUCAGCUCUCAAGACUGCACGGGACAAGGGUAUUGACGUGCGGGCGGUGGUUGUGAUCAACCCAGGAAACCCCACGGGUGGCUCCUUGGACGCUGAGCACAUUCGUGCAGUGCUGCAAUUGGCAGCCGAAGAAAAGCUGGUAGUGCUCGCCGACGAGGUAUAUCAGACCAACGUCUUCGAGGGCACUUUCACGAGCUUCAAGAAAUGUCUGCGGGAGCUGCAAGCGAGCGAGCACAACAAGGAGGGCAAAUUUGACUUCCUGGAAUUGGCCAGCUUACACAGCAUCAGCAAAGGUAUGGUGGGAGAGUGUGGGCACCGUGGCGGAUACUACGAAAUGGUCGGCUUUGAUCCCGAGGUCGUUGCGCAAAUUUACAAAUUCGUCAGCAUCAUGCUGUGCCCGCCUGUUGUCGGGCAAUGCAUCGUAGAGCUGAUGGUGAAUCCACCAAAGCAGGGCGAGCCCUCGUACGAGCUCUACCGCCACGAAUAUGAUGGCAUCUUCAACAAUCUGCACGACCGAGCGCAGGCUCUCUACAAAGCGUUUGCGGAGAUGGAAGGGGUGGAAUGUCAGCCGCCACAAGGUAGCAUGUACCUGUAUCCCACCAUCAAUCUUCCUGCCAAGGCCAUUGAGGCAGCACAAAAGGCAGGAAAGCACCCUGACGACUUUUACUGCCUGGAGCUAUUGGACGCGACGGGCAUUUGCAUUGUGCCUGGCUCUGGAUUUGGACAGAAGGAGGGCACGCUGCACUUCCGCACCACGUUCUUGGCUCCUGGAACGGAGUGGGUGUCUCGCAUCACGAGCUUUCACCAAAAGUUCAUGGACAAAUAUCGAUGACGAGAUUUCAUGUCUAUUCACUAGGGCGAGGCGUUGGGGCUCCAAUUCAUUUGCACCCAAGUGCUCGGUGCAUGGUUGCACGGCAUGUGACUUUCCAUAGAUUGAGCGGCCACCAAACAUCAUAAGCUGCGAAUGAUAGCAUGAGAAAAUUGCAAAAUUGCCCAA